GCAAUAAAAAAAAAUUUCAGGCCAGGAAAACUCAAACUAAAAGGUCUUAGCGUCUCCGCUCGCUUCUUCCCGCUUACAAGAGCCCUUCCCUCGCUAUUUUUUCUCCCCUUCCCCUUCUCUCUUCUCUCUUUCUUUCUUCCCCAUCCCUUUUGAAGUGUCCUGUUUUCUUGACACUAUCAUCAAUCCAUCUCCUCUCUUUUUGUUUCUUUUAGUUCUUGUUCUUCACAGCCGUCAUCAUGGCCAAGGGUGACGUUAACCAGGCCGAGAAGUCGGUCCUGGGUAUGCCCGGAUUCGUCGUUGACUUCCUGAUGGGUGGUGUUUCCGCUGCUGUCUCCAAGACUGCUGCCGCCCCCAUCGAGCGUAUCAAGCUCCUCAUCCAGAACCAGGAUGAGAUGCUUCGCGCCGGUCGUCUCGACCGCAAGUACAACGGUAUCACCGACUGCUUCCGUCGUACCGCCGCCUCCGAGGGUGUCGUCUCCCUGUGGAGAGGUAACACUGCCAACGUCAUCCGUUACUUCCCUACCCAGGCUCUCAACUUUGCCUUCCGUGACACCUACAAGUCCAUGUUCUCCUACAAGAAGGACCGUGAUGGAUACGCCAAGUGGAUGAUGGGUAACCUUGCCUCCGGUGGUGCCGCUGGUGCCACUUCCCUCGCUUUCGUCUACUCUCUCGACUACGCCCGUACCCGUCUUGCCAACGACGCCAAGUCCGCCAAGGGCGGUGGUGACCGUCAGUUCAACGGUCUCGUUGACGUCUACAAGAAGACCCUCGCCUCCGACGGUAUUGCCGGUCUCUACCGUGGUUUCGGUCCCUCCGUUCUCGGAAUCGUUGUCUACCGUGGUCUGUACUUCGGUAUGUACGACUCCGUCAAGCCCGUCCUCCUUACCGGCUCCCUCGAGAACAACUUCCUGGCUUCCUUCCUGCUCGGCUGGACUGUCACCACCGGUGCCGGUAUCGCCUCCUACCCUCUUGACACCGUCCGUCGUCGUAUGAUGAUGACCUCCGGUGAGGCCGUCAAGUACAACUCUUCCUUCGACGCUUUCCGCCAGAUCGUCGCCAAGGAGGGUACCGCUUCCCUCUUCAAGGGUGCCGGUGCUAACAUCCUCCGUGGUGUCGCCGGUGCCGGUGUCCUGUCCAUCUACGACCAGGCCCAGCUCCUCCUCUUCGGAAAGAAGUACAAAUAAGCGAUUGAUUUAGUUCAAUUCGCGUCACGUCAACGUGAAUCAUUUGGGGAAAGGGGGUGACCAUCAUUUGGCGUAACUGCCAGGUGACUGGUAAUGAUGAGGAAGAACUAUUAGAGAUAUGCGUCAAGAAGAGUGGUAGUGGUAAAAAAGUCUUGCGCAUAGAGUGUGAUAUUUCCUCUUGUACCAGUUGUAUUUUACUGCCUGCAAGCUUAUUUUCUUUUUUUUCUUUUCCAACUGUACUUCUUGACCCGUACGAAAUCGAAUCCUCGUGUUUUUGGGAU